CCUGUGGCGCACUUGGCGGCACACUGAGACAGCGCACCAGGACUCCGUGGAUGGACAAAUCCAGUAGUGGACUUCCUUCACUGACAAGAUUAAGACCGGAUUUCUAUCGUUCAGCUUUUCUUCGCAUUUAACAAAGGCUCACUACAACCGUCGCAUUUGAAAAGGAUUUCUCACCCUGGGAGUGCGAGGCAAAGGGACUUUGGAGAUUGUUUCAGCAGCCAUUUAAAGGAUCUGGAUGAUCAACAGUACAAUGAGGACCUAAAGCUGGGAGUGCGUCCCACUGAAGGCACAAGAGUUUCAGACCACAGUGUUACUGCAGUGUGUGUGUGGCCCGUCCAGUCUGUGUAUUUUUACAUACUCACUGUGUUGAGUUCAAAGCCCUGUGGAGUGAGGAGAGGACUUAAACCAAAGAGUAUGGUUCAGCUGUCCACUGCAGUCUGCCUGUUGGGAGGCCUGUUUUUGAUAGCUCCCGUUCUGAUGGCCCCAACGCACUCCAGUAUGUGCACACCACUGAGGACGAUCAACGACAGCCUCAGCCACAGACGACGGUACAUGAAACACAACUUCCCCAUCGAGUACACCAUCAAGGUUCAUAAUAGGGAAAUCUUUAGACUGUCAAAUAUCAGCCGAAUGAAGUUAAGAACAGAGGGGUUGAAUGACCUGGUUCUCCAGAGGCUGUGGUUUCAAGUGUAUCAAGGUGUUUUAAAAAAGAUCCUCUGGGUUUUGCCAACGAGACAUCCUUCACGUCCUUACACAGCCGAGUUGGAAAGACGCUUCAAGGAUGCUCAGGCAGUCUUUAUGCAGUCACAUCCUGCUGAGGUCUUCCAAGAGGACCUUCCAGAGAAAAUCCAGGACAUUUGGGAUAGUUUAACAGAAAAGCCUGAAAACAUGCCAGAGUCUAGUUGGCGAUUUGCUACUCCAAAGUCUCUCUUGGACAACUUGUGCCGCACCAUGUACUGCCUCUUCAGUGAAUGCUUUUCCAACGCAGACGUUCAGGAAGACUACUGUGAAGUUUCUCAUUGGCGGAAAGGCAGGAAGAAAGACAUGCAGCCCGAAAGCUGAGAAGAAGCAAGCGGAGUCAAGUUGUCCCUAGUGAUUAGGGAUUAGUAUUAUUUCCCUUGAGCUAUAGGGAGAUGGGUAAAAGGACAAUACACACUGAAAUGAGAGUUCAGACCUGAUUUGUGAACAUCAAUAAGUCUUUUCCAAAUCUGCUAUAUAGAGCUAAGAUUAUCCAGAGUUUGUCCUCAUAACUCUGUGUGUCAAAGCAGAUGGAAAUUAAAGACAUAAUAUCUCUCAAACCUUUGGGAACCUAAAGGCUUUCUGUUAAAUGACAUCAAAUGAAUUUUUGAGUAAAAAUGCCAGCUCAUUGUCUCUUGGCAUCCUCUCAGAUUAAGAUUAUAGCGUUUUUGGAUCAGAUUUGCUCAUGUUCACAAAUAGCGACUGAACUGAUGUGUGGUCAAUAUUUUAUCUAAGGUGGAUUCUUUCUAAACAAAGGGUUAAUGCUCACCUGCAGCUUCGCCAAACCACUGCUCAAAAAGUUGUGAUGCGUUCCUGCGAGUCUGUGUGGUUCACGUCAGAGGCCGAGGACAGAUUGGGAAACUUCAGCUGACUUUGUACAUUUGCUAGAAUUCUCCUCUUUUGAACAUCAGUGUGCUAAAGCAGGAGCAGUGUAUAUGAACUCCAAGCGUAAAUGCAAACUGAUAACUACUGGUCUUAUUCUACAGUUGUUGACUGUACAUUUUUAUACAGCUGCCCAGACUGCUUAGCCAAGGCUGUUGAAAAAUGUGUGCUCAUUUUGGCUCCAUUUUAUGUAUUUUUUUCCUAUAUGUUUAUUAUGCAAAGAAUGAGAUUGGAAAAUGCAUUCAUCUCCCUCCAUCCAACCUAUGCAUUUUAUACUUGCUGUAGAUCUCUUAUGAUUUUUUUUCAUGAGGCAACUAUUAAAUAAUUUGAGGACUUACUAGCUAAACAAAGCUCAAAUGAUUGUUAGCAUUUUAAAUAUGAAGUUAAAUCACAGUCAGAUGUUGUUUGCCCCAUAGUUAAGUUAUAUUCUAUAAA